UUGUAUUAUUGCUGACAUGGAAGAAAAACUUGUGUUUUGUCACUAAUUUUGUUCACAAAAUUUUUGUGUUAUCAAAAUUAUAUCAAAGUGGAAUGAUUGCCUCCAAACAUCUUCAACCAAUUUUAGAAGAUAACAAAAAAAUUGGAUCACAACGAACACGUCAGAGUCUGAAAAUAGCAAAAUAAAAUAAUCUUUUCUAAAAUGUUCAGAAUAUAGCAAAAAAAGUGCAAAUGUCAAACAGAACUAAGGAACGCGUAAAAAUCGUUUAUUUAUUUCUAAAACCGAUUUAGUUAUAAAACUUUAAACAAAAACAAGCGUGUGAAGGCAAGGAAUCUAAUUAAAGAAAUUAAGCAAAAGAAAGAAACCAGAUUCGAACAUCCAUAAAUAUGUCUAGCGAAGAAAGUACAGGGCAAUCGUCAAAUAUUAGCAACAUACAAGAAAAAUUUUCUAAGCAGCAGGAGAAAAUAGCUGCGCUUAAAGAUUUAGUAAAAAAGUCGGAAGUUGCACAUGGAAAAUCAACUUCUACUGCAAAAGAAAAAGUGAAAAACAUUGCUCAACGGCUGACGGAUUUAAGAUCGAAAUCUAAAUUUCGUAAGAGUGUAGAUUCACCUUCGCAACAUGAAGCAACGAACGAACCAGUAACGACGAUUUCGAAUAUUCAUCCUGACACAUUUGCCCCCCAAGCUACUAAUUAUUCCACCCCCAAUCCCACACCUUCGAAAAUACAAGAUGUUGCAACUCCUUUGUCGUCCAAUACAUCGAUACCGAACAGUGAAAAAAUACUCUUGCUGCGUCAGCAAAUGGAACACAACAAAGCUCGAAUGGCACAGCGAGCUUCAAGUAAAUUACAUUUGGAGCAAUUAGUGACACAGUUAAAAGAAAAAUUCGAUUCGACGCAACAAAGUCUGGAAGAUACAGCGGAAUUAGGUAGAUCAAUGAAUGACUUAAGUGCUGUAAUAUAUACACCAGUUUCGCGUGAGCGGCAUAAGUCGGCUACUGAUUUAUCUUCACAACCCUUUAAUUUGGAGAAGGAGCGCAUUAAAUUUUUAGAGAAUCGCUGUCGACUGCUAGAAAAACAGUUGGAAAAGGAAUCUCAAACAGCGCAAUCAGCACCGAAACGUAUUAAGGAAUUAGAAAAUAAAGUAUUGGAAUUAACAGAAACACUGAAUCAGGUACCUAUAAAACAAAUUGAUAUUUUAGAGAAAGAAAUCGAAACAAUAAGUAACGAGUUGUCAGAGAAGUCCAAUGAAAUUGAGAAAUUGAAACAAUUGCAAGGCAAUGAUAAUGAAUAUUCUAAUGAAUACCGAGCUGAGAACGAUCGUUUAAAUAAUGAAAAAACGAUGCUUGCAAAACAAGUUGCCGAAUUAGAAAAUGCAAAUCUAGAGCUUCAACAAAAGCUGUCACGUCAAAUGGCAAGGGGUGAUGAAUUAAAACAGAAAAGCAUAGAAGAAGAUUCGUUUGAAGAAAAACUAUCCCUUAUCAAACGAAUUGGUGAGUUGGAACAAAUCAAUGAUGUUUUAGAAACUACGCGAUGUGAUUUAACAAUAAAAUGUAAUGGGACGGAAGAGGCACUGCAAUCUUGUCAAAAAAAAUUAAAUGAUGCAAUUGAAGAGUCUCAUAAAUUGCAAAAAAGACUAGAGGAAAUGGAACAAAAUAUAACAGACCUAUCUACUGAUACAUUAUGUAUUAAGGAAUCAGCUACUGCUGAAACUGAUGCAAAAAUCAAAGACGAAAUGGCGCAUCAAAUUCAAGAAUUGCAAACUGAAAUAAUGAAAUAUAAGAAUGAAAAUAGGGAACUCAAGGAAACAAUAAGUAAAAAUAAUAAAAUUGAAGUUAGCGAUGGUAGUAUAGCUGAGAAAAUAUUAUCGCUGGAGGCAACAAUAGAAUCACAACGUCAAGAUUUGGCAGAUAGAUCGGAGAACUUGCGAAGAUAUGAAGAGGAGCUAAUGGAGAAAACAAUUGAACUAAAUGUACUCAAUGCCAAUUUUAAAGUUUUAGAGGAAAAGUUGCAAGCAAAUUUAAAAGCAAAACCACUUUUUUCUGCCACUGUGACAGGGGCUGACAAUACUGAGUUGCAGAAUGAAAAUCAACAACUGAAGCAAAAAUUGGAUGAGUCAAAUAAAGCAAUGAUUAAACUGAAGCUUAAACUGAAACAGACUGAAAAACAAAUGGAAAAGCUAAAGAAAGCUUCUGAUCUGCACGCCGAAGUGAUAAGGCUAGAGAAGUGCAAUGAAGACUUACAACAAAAAAUUACAGAACUAGAAGACGAAAAAGGGCAGUGGCAAUUAUCUCAGGUUGAGGAAAAUAAAUUCAAGAAUAUUUAUAAUGAAAACAUACAAAAUGUAGAUCAAAAAAGUGUGGAAGAAAAACAAAAAAUUCUAGAAGAAACUAUAAGGAUGUUAGAGGAACAGAAGUUUGAUCUAUUUGAAAAGUGUGAAUCAUUGUCAACCGAACUUCACUUAUUGCAACAAGAGGUCAGUACCAAAAAUAGUGAGGAAUCUGCAAGAGUUAAAUCUGAAAUGUCAGAAAUUCAUAUGGAGGAACAGUUGGAGGAACAAAUUCAAUUAGUGAAAUCAUUAGAACAGAAAAUAGAUGAUAAGAAUACAGAGAUAGAUAACUUACAUAAGCAAAUAGAUAAACUUCAAGAUCUAAAACAAGAAGCAGACAAGAAAUUGGAACAUUAUAUAUCUGAAAAUAUCGAAUUACUUGAUAAAAUUGAAAAACUAAGUAAGUCGUCCUCUUCAGCUGAAUCCAUUGAAAUUGUGGAAAGAUUAACACAGCAAGAACGUGCUGAGAUCGAUGAAUAUAAUAAUCAAAUUAAUCAAGACCGUGUUGCCGAACAUGAGCGGAGUUCGGUUAAUGAGAUCACGCAAACAGAAAUGGGUCCAGAGUUAACUGAAAGUUUAAUACAGUUACGUGAAGAAAGUGCAGAGCUAAUUAAGAAAAUAGAAUUAUUUACCAAUGAACGCCGUGAAGUGCUUGAUAAAAUGGAAAUAUUAUCCUCAGAAAAUCAAGAACUUCAUAGUAAAAUUAAAGAACUUGUAAUAGAAAAAGAAUUAUUAGAAUCAAAUGCGGAACAAGCUGAAGACUCAAAAUCCAAACUAGAAGUACAUCUAAAUGAGGUGACUAAAGAAAAAGAAUUGCUGGCAGCACAAAUCGCUGAGUCAAAUGCGCAAAAUCGGGAACUAACUCAAGGACUCACUUCAUUACAGAAAUCUUCGGAAGUAAUGGCUGCCAUUGAUAGUACCGAAAAUGCCACACUUUUCGAUAAAUGUGAGAAGUCGCUUUCAAAGUUAAACUCGGAAAUUGAAGCAUAUCGAAAAGCGAAUGAUAAAAAUGCAAAAUUUAAUGUUUCUAAAAAGUUAGCUAAAGAGGCAAAGAAUGCGUACACACAAUUAAGUGAACUAUUGCAGAAAGUGAAAGAAGCUAGUACAGCCGUUGAAACAGUUACUGUGGUGGAAACUGUAGUGGCAGUAACAGCACCGAACGGGAAAGCACUAGCGGAAUAUGAACAAUUGACAGCACAAAACCGUGAACUGAAAGCUACUGUUAAUGAGUUACGCGAAGAACUUCAAGAACUUAAAGACAAUGCUGAAACUGCAACAGAUAACAUACAAGCAAUAGGUGAAGAAGCAGCUAAUAAGAAUCAUAAACAGUUAUUGGAAUCUUCAGAAAAACUAGAAAAAACUGAAUCUGAACUAAUUGAAUUACAAUCAAUUGUCGAAGAUCUGCGAAUACAAUUACAAGAAGCUCGAUUGGCCAGUGAAGAAAAGACUGAAGAAGUUGCAAGAAUUAAUAUAGAACUUACGUCGUUACGGAAUCUAUCAGAAGAUUUCGAUCAACUCAUAAACAAUAAGGAAAUGACGUUCGAAAAACAAAUUGAACAACUAACUCGACUCAGAAAAGAGCUAGAGGCUAAAUGUGAAACCUACGAGGGAGAAAUGGAGAUUCUUCAAACUCUUGUUAAGGAACAAAAACAACAAAUUAUAGAAGCCUUUAAGGAAAAUGAGCAUGAAGUCAAUCUCAAACUGUUGGAAUUACAGCAGCGUGAUGAACAAAUAACCCAUCUGAAAGCUGAAAUUGCAUUAUUAAAGGAAGUGUCUAAUGAAGUCAAAGUGCAGUUUUCAGAAGAUUUAGAGAAAGAAUGCCAAAAGCUCCGUGAAUCUUUGAAAAUAAAUAAAGCUUUAGUUGCUGAACAAGUCGACGAGUUGGCAAACAAGCAGGAAACAAUUGAUACGCUCAAUCAACAAAUCAUUGACUUAUACAAAACAAUGGAAGAGAACACCAAUAAAAUUAUAGAGAAAGAAGAUGAAGUGACUUAUAUACAAGAACUUCUGGAUACAAAUAACAAAGAAAUAGAACGUUUAUGCAAAGACAACGAUGAACAGAAAUCGGUGGUUGACAAAUUACUAAUGGAAAUACAUUCUCAUAAACUUAAUGAACAACAGUUACCUAAGUUGGAAAGAGAUAAUCAUAGAUUACAAGCCCUAAUUACUGAACUUGAACGUGUUAAAUUAGAGCUUGAACAGAAGAAUAAAGAGCAGCUUGAAAAAUUAAAAAAAUAUGCUGCCAACCUAAAGAAACGCACCACACAAUGCCAGGAAUUAGAAGCAAAAUUAAAAGAAAUGGAAAAAGGGGCUUUAGAUAUGUAUGUUAAAGAGAGGCAGACAGAUACUUCUGCCGAACAAAAUCAAAUUCAAGAGCUUAACGCAAAGAAUAUGGUCCAAAGUACAAAAAUAAAAGAAUUGGAGGAGACUGUUAGGCAUGCCGAAGAAAAGACAAAUGAAUUUAGAGAUGCUCUUCAACUAAAAACAGUUGAAAUACUUGAAACGAUGGAACGCAACGCUAAUUUAGAAAAUGAGUUGGAAGAAACUAAAAUAAACCUAAACCAGAAAUUACAGGAAACCAUACAGUUACAGAAUGCAUUGGCUGCCUCCCAGGAACAAAUGUCUGACUGGGGUAAUGAAGACAGUUUUCUCUCGGUUAAUGAAGGUGUAACAAAAGAAUUGGCUGAAAAGUCAAAAUAUAUUUUAAUGCUGGAAGAUGAUUUGAGAACAGCACGACGAGAUUUAUUGUUAAAUACUGAAAAAAUGUCAAUAGGACAUGAUAAGGUAAAUGAAUUAGAAAAACAACUAUCCACUGCCUUACAAUAUAAAAUUGAAUUGUCUGAAAAGUUAGCAGAUAAAUUGAAAGCGAUAGAUGAAGCAGAAAGAGUAUUCAACGACGUCCAAAAUCAAUUAUUUCAAAGUAAAGAGCACGAAUAUAGUUUACAGCAAGCAAAGCAAGAAUUAAGUUCGCAAGUGAAAAAUCAAGAGCAGCAAAUUGAGAAUUUAACACGAAAAUUGAAUCAAUUCAAUGAUAAAGAGAAUGUAGCAUCUUUGGAACAAAUUGCUGUCCAAGAACAGCGUAUGAAUGAAUUAAGCGAGGAGCUAAAGACAAAAUCUUUAAAGUUUGAAAAAUCUAAGGCCAUUAUUAAAGAGCGAAACAAUCAAAUUCAUCGCUUGCACGCGCAAUUGAAAGACUUGCAAGAUAAACUUAGUGCACAACCUGAAGAGGAAAUCGUACAAGCACCUUUACAACAAACUGUGACUGAUGCAGAAAUAAAAGUACUAAAACAAGUACCAAAGGAUGAAUUUGAUUUACUGCAACAAGCCUACGAUAAGCUGAAGCUUGAUUAUAACACUGAAAAAGCUAAUUUCCUGCAAAUAAGAACGCGUUUGGAAACAGUACACGAUGGAAUUCAGGCCAAACUUCAGGAAGAUAUGUCUUAUAUAGAAACUUUAGAGCAGGAAAAUAGUAAGUUUAAAGACAAGAUAUGCAAAUUGGAAGAGUGCGUUGCUAGCUUUGAAGAAAGACGUGCUUCUAUGGAAAGACGGGCAAACUUGUUAGAUGCACAGAUGCAAUCUCGUGCUGAUGAAUAUGAAAAAACUGAGGAUGAACUCAUCUAUCGGCUUAAUAUGCUGUCGGAACAUGAUGAAGUCAUUGGUCAACGUCUUAUUGAUUCGCAAGAAGAAAAGGAGGAGCUGCAGGAACGUAUGGAUCGUUUCCAAGCUGAAUUUAAAGAGUUAAACAUUAAGCAUACAAAGUUGGAGAAUGAAUUCGAAGCCUAUCGCCAACAAAUUGCAGAAACUUUAGAAAAUGAAAACGUUUCGUUACGUGAUCAGCUUGUAAAGUCGAAUUCUGAAAUGCAACGUUUACGAUCUGUUUACGAUGCGAAACUUGCGGCUAAAGCAACUGAAAUUGAUGAAAUUGAAUGCGAAUUAAGUGAACAACUGGAAAAAAUUAACAUUGAUAAAAGAAAAACCUAUGAAGACUUGGAAAAAUCUAGAGACGAGUGUAUGGCACUGAAAGACGAAAUUGUGCGUGUAAAGGAGACAUUAAAUGCAAUAGAGCAAUCGAAACAAGAGUUGGAGCGAGAGUCGACAUGGUUGCGUAUGCAAAGUGAAAGCGCGCAACAAGAUCAGUACGAACUACAGGAAUUACGUAUGCAAGCAAUGCAGGAUAAAACCGAGAUCGAUGAAUUACGUCAUCAAAUAGAUACUCUUGCAUCUAACCAUGAAAUGGAACUACAAGCUCUACGAAUACAAAUUUGUGAGUUGGAUUCCCUUCGUAUGCAAGUAGGUCAGAAUCAAACCGAUGAUCAAGUAUUUAUUGAAUCAGAAAACAAACGCUUGACUGAUUUGUUAGCCGAAAAAUCUGCAAUCAUUGAAAAUUACCAACGGCAGAAUUUGCAAUUGCAGAUGGCAGCCGUAGGAUCUACACCGCAGGUACAAGCAGAUCCUUUUGCUUUGGCAUUUGGCUUACCAACUCAGCAUAAUAUAACUUCAAUUCCUUCGCAAAUGGAUGAUAGAGAACGAGAGAGAAUUUCGAAUGAACUCUUGGAAAAAACUGAAGCAAAUACACGUUUACAACGAGAUUUACAGGCAUUGCAAAAUGAAUAUCACACUCUUCUUGACACUAACGCUGAUUUACAGAGACAAGUUUUGGAAAACAGUAGAGAAUUGGAAAACUUACGCGCUCCCAACUCAAGAUCUCCAUCCACACAAUUUAGAAAUGACGUUAUCCCAGCACCUCCAAUGUUCUUCGCAUCCGAACAAAUUACUUCUUCACCAUUUGAUGAGCUUGUACAAGUGCGUACAGAAAAUAUGUUGGAAGGAGCUAUAGGUGGUGAUCAAAUAAAUAACGAUACUGAGCAACCAACAAUAGAAGACCUUCAAAGAAAUGUGUCAGAUUUAGAAAAGCAUGCCCAAGACUUGGAAAACAAAUUGGCAACUAGAAAUCAACUCGACAAUGAAUAUGAGCAGCGAUUAAAAGAAACACAAGUGCUUCUUCAUGAAGCUGAAAAUCAUGUACUUGACCGAGAACAACAGCUUCAGCAAGCUCAUGCGCAUAUCAGCAAACUAGAACAGGAAAUACGAACAUAUGAUGAGUCAAAAAUGGAAUCCACCAUGCAUUUGACGGCUUUACAAAGCAAAAUUAAGGAGCUUCAGGAUCUUCUUGAAACGCGAGAGAAACAAUUCAGUGAAAUGGAAUUAAAAUUGCAAUCAAAUAUGGAAUCAGCGGGUAACGAUGCUUCAAAAGCUGCUGAUCAUUUGAGAGACCUAGAAAGCAACAUUAAGCACCUGG